GGCUUUUCGUGGCUUUACUAAUACAUCAUAAAGUAUUCGUUCGUUAGAUGUAUGACGUAUAGGUACUCUUAAAGAGAGUCUCCUGCCCGUGUUCCCUACUCCUGCUCUCCCCAUUUUCCAUCUCCACAUCCGACAACAUACUGAACCAACUGCAACCAUGAGCGAGUGCCCGGUUCACCCUAUCAUGAAGGCCAACAUCGGCGGUGGCGGCACCCAGACCCGCGACUGGUGGCCCGAUGAAUUGAAGCUGAAUAUACUACGACAGCACACGGCGGUGACGAAUCCGUUGAACCCGGACUUUGAUUAUGCGGCGGCAUUCAAGAGCCUAGACUACGAGGCCCUGAAGAAUGACCUGCACGCCCUCAUGACGGAUUCGCAGGACUGGUGGCCUGCCGACUUUGGCCACUACGGCGGUCUCUUCAUCCGCAUGGCCUGGCACAGCGCUGGCACGUACCGCGUCUUCGAUGGUCGUGGCGGUGGCGGGCAGGGCCAGCAACGUUUCGCUCCCCUCAACAGCUGGCCAGACAACGUGAGCCUCGACAAGGCACGCCGCCUGCUCUGGCCCAUCAAGCAAAAGUACGGCAAUAAGAUCUCCUGGGCCGAUCUGUUGCUGCUCACCGGCAAUGUGGCGCUCGAAUCCAUGGGCCUCAAGACCUUUGGCUUUGCGGGGGGCCGUCCCGAUACCUGGGAGGCGGAUGAGUCGGCGUACUGGGGUGGCGAGACGACGUGGCUGGGCAACGAUGUUCGCUAUUCAGGCAAUACCGACAUCUCUUCGCGCGACCUGGAAGACCCGCUAGCUGCGGUCCACAUGGGCCUGAUCUACGUGAAUCCCGAAGGUCCCGAUGGCAACCCUGAUCCCGUCGCCGCUGCCCGCGACAUCCGCACCACCUUUGGCCGCAUGGCCAUGAACGACGAGGAGACAGUCGCACUGAUCGUCGGCGGUCACACCUUUGGCAAGACGCAUGGAGCCGCUUCCGCUGAUCACAUUGGCCGAGAGCCUGAGGCAGCCGGCAUUGAGCAGCAGGGCCUGGGCUGGAGCAACAGCCACGCUUCCGGGAAGGGUCCCCACACCAUCACCAGCGGCCUGGAAGUGAUCUGGACCAAGACCCCAACUAGGUGGAACAACGACUUCCUCGAGUACCUCUUCAAGUACGAGUGGGAGCUGAUCAAGAGCCCGGCUGGUGCAAAUCAGUGGACGGCCAAGAAUGCCCCGGCCAUCAUCCCCGAUGCCUACGAUGCCGACAAGAAGCACCCCCCGCGAAUGCUGACCACCGACCUCGCGCUGCGCCGGGACCCUGCAUACGAGAAGAUCUCGCGCCACUUCCUUGAGCAUCCAGAUCAGCUCGCUAGCGCCUUCUCCCGCGCCUGGUUCAAGCUGCUGCACCGCGACAUGGGCCCGCGGUCCCGCUGGCUCGGCCCAGAGAUACCUGCCGAAAACCUGGACUGGGAGGAUCCCCUUCCAGCAGCAGAUCAGGCAGUGAUCGACGACAAGGACGUUGCCGCCCUGAAGAGAGAGAUCCUGGCAUCCGGUGUCGACGCUGCCAAGUUCGUGUCUGCCGCCUGGGCAUCGGCUGCCACCUUCCGCGGCAGCGACAAGCGUGGCGGUGCCAACGGUGCCCGCAUCCGCCUUGCCCCGCAGAAGGACUGGGAGAUCAACAACCCAGCGCAGCUGAGCGAGGUGCUCAGCGUACUAACCCGCGUCCAACAAAACUUCAACAACGCAUCCCAGAAGAAGGUAUCGAUAGCCGACCUCAUCGUCCUAGCAGGAUCCGCCGCCGUAGAGAAGGCCGCAGGCGUCCCUGUUCCCUUCACUGCCGGCCGCGUGGACGCCUCACAGGAUCAGACCGACAUCCCGUCCUUCCGAUAUCUCGAACCCAUCGCUGAUGGGUUCCGCAACUAUGGGAAAUCGACCGACCGGGUGCGCAUCGAGCAGUUCCUCGUCGACAAGGCGAACCUGCUGACGCUUUCCGGUCCGGAGAUGACGGUCCUCGUGGGCGGUCUUCGUGUUCUAGGUGCCAACUACAAUGGAACUGCCUAUGGCGUGUUCACUCAACGCCCGGGUCAGCUGACGAAUGAUUUUUUCGUCAACCUGCUAGAUACAAACACGUCUUGGAAGGCAAGUGGCACUGAUAGUGAGAUCUACGAGGGUGUUGAACGCAAGACUGGGGCGACAAAAUGGACCGCCACCCGCGCUGAUCUAGUGUUCGGCUCUCAUGCCGAGUUGCGCGCCAUCGCUGAGGUUUACGGCAGCGUGGAUGGACAGGAGAAGUUUGUCAAGGAUUUUGUAGCUGCCUGGGUCAAAGUGAUGAACCUGGACCGAUUUGAUUUGAUUUAUUAG